AGUUUUCAAGAAAUGAUCAAGAAAAUGUCAGUAUAUAGCCAUCCAUUAAUUCAUCACUCGAUGGAUCCAGAAGCUCAAGAAGAGACCAGAGAAGACUAUGAUGACAAGCAGGUGGUCACAGAGAUCAUGGCAAGAUGUUUUAUUCCACCUGUGACGACAGCCACUGCCUGGGAAGGUUUUCAUUUUGUUGGUCAUGAGAUUCGCAUUACUGAAGCCACGGAUUGUUAUGGUGCUGUUGUUUGGCCAUCGGCCCUUGUUCUAUGCUAUUUCCUGGAAACAAAUGCAAAGCAGUAUAAUAUGGUUGACAAAAAUGUGAUUGAAAUUGGAGCUGGAACAGGGCUAGUCUCCAUCGUGGCAAGUUUACUCGGUGCUCACGUGACUGCCACAGAUUUACCAGAAUUACUUGGAAACCUGCAAUAUAAUAUUUUCCGAAACACCAAAAUGAAAUGCAAGCAUUUGCCUCAGGUUAAAGAACUCUCCUGGGGAGUCGCUUUGGAUGAAAACUUCCCCAGGUCUUCCAGCACUUUCGACUACAUCCUGGCGGCGGAUGUUGUCUAUGCUCAUCCUUUCCUGGAAGAACUCCUCGUUACCUUUGACCAUCUCUGCAAAGAAACUACUGUCAUCCUCUGGGUCAUGAAAUUCAGGUUGGAGAAAGAAAAUAAAUUUGUGGAUAGAUUUAAGGAGUUGUUUGACCUGGAGGAAAUUUCCAGUUUCCCUAGCCUGAAUAUUAAGUUGUAUAAAGCUAUGAAGAAAAAUCGGAGGAAUGCAUGA